AUGGACCAAAGCAUGGCUAGCUCUUUUCAGCCCAGGAGACGCCUCGGUGGCUCUACCAAUCUCGGCACCAUGCCUGCCCAGACCAACGACAGGCAGCCGACGCAAUCCAUCUCGGUGCCCUACACGGCCGACGGCUCGGCCAGCAGCAUCUGGGCUUAUCAUGCUGUCGAUGAUACCCCUGCUGGCUCCAAUGCUGGAGCGCGGAACGCGAACACUCGAACCCGACCCGCGAACGCUGCAACCCGACAUGCAAACUCUGGGACCCGGAACAUGAGCUCUGAUGACUGGCGGUCAGGGUCUGGCUGGAUGAUGGGAAUGCCACGAUCGACGGGCUCGCCGCGCGACGAAGGAGGCAUCGGCAACGGCAUCAACAACAGCACCAACGUGUUCGAUGGAUAUGAUGACACCUCAAUCCAGGAGACCACCACCAUGUCAUACAGAAGGCGCAGUCCUCAGGAAAACUCCUACAUGGACUCGAUCACCAGCUUUGGCAUAGCACGGGAUUCCGGUGGCCCUCAACGACAGGCUCAAUCACCUGCCAAUCUGUUCAGCCAUGCCCAUACCCAAGGACACACUCCGAGCAACUCAAUUCAGUCUCAGCGGCCAAUGCCAACGCAUUCCUCCUCAUUCCAGCACCAGUCAACCAACAGCCGCGCCUUCAACUCCAACAGGCAGCAAAUGAGCGAAGACCUCUCUUUAGAGUUCACUCGCCGGUUGACGAUGGACGACAAUUCAGCCUCUUCCAUGACCAACGUAGGUCGGUCAACCUUCAACCCAGCCUCGCAGCCCUUUGAGGUGAGGUCCAGCUCUCAGUUGAGCAACGGCAUCGACUUGUCCCAAGACCAGUUGGUCACACAUCUGAACUCACAGCUCCAUGGCAUGAACAGAUCAUCCAUUGAUCGCAUCCCCACCGCACAGAACCCUCGCCCAGAGCAAGCGAGAAGUUCCGCACCCUACGUGAAUGCGGACGUGUUGAGCGCUUUGUAUGGUAUUCCAAGAUCGGGUUUUAGUGGCGAUCACGACCGGGUGCCCGGGGCGCUGCCUGUGACCCAGUAUCCAUCCACGGCCUCCUACAACCAGAGCGCCAUGCCGUUGUUCUACUCGCCGUACUACGAUCCACUCAGCCAAAGUGUCCGUCCCACCAUGGUCACUGGCUAUAACCUACCGAAUCUGCCUCCCGGAUACCCUGGAACUGUCCCCGUACAGCCAUAUCAAACUACCGACCCCGGUAGGGAACGACGCAGCACCGUUCUCAACGACUUCCGCAAUCGCCAGAGGAACAGGCAACAGUUCACUCUCAGUCAGAUUUAUGGCCAUAUCGUCGAGUUCAGCGGAGACCAGCAAGGCUCCAGGUUCGUGCAGUCGCAGAUCGACAGCGCCAACAGUGACGAGAAAGACCGAAUCUUCCGAGAGAUCGAGCCGAAUGCAGUUCAGCUCAUGAAAGAUUUGUUUGGCAACUAUGUUAUCCAGAAGUUCUUUGAUCAUGGCAGCCAGGUGCAGAAGAGCAUCCUUGCCGACAAGAUGAAGGGCAGAAUGGUGGAUAUGUCGAUGCAGAUGUACUCCUGCCGGGUGGUUCAGAAGGCAAUGGACCAUAUCCUUGUCAACCAGCAAGCGGAACUUGUCCAGGAGCUGCAGCCCAGGAUUGUCGAUGUGAUCAAGGACGAACACGGGAACCACGUUGUCCAGAAGAUCAUUCAGCUCGUACCCAGGGAACACAUUGGCUUCAUUAUGGAUGCUUUCAAGGGUCGUGUGAGAGAGUUUGCCACUCACAACUACGGAUGCCGCGUCAUCCAGAGAAUUCUCGAGCAUGGCUCGGAGGAAGACAAGGCCAUGUUUCUGGAAGAGUUGCACAGCUCAUGGAGGUUUCUGUUCAACGACCAGUACGGCAACUAUGUGGCCCAACACAUCCUCGAGAAGGGUGACCCCCAGGACCGGGAUCGGAUUUUUACCAUGGUCAUGUCCCAACUCUUGACUCUGUCGAGACAGAAGCAAGCAUCAAAUGUGGUUGAGCGCUGCAUCAAGAACUGUACUCCUCAGCAGCGAUCCGAGAUCCAGAAGGUGAUCACCACAGUGGGUGAGGACGGAUCAAUGCCACUGCAGCAUAUGAUGUCUGAUCAAUUUGGAAAUUACGUGAUUCAGAAACUUCUGAAGCGUGCUGAACCUGCAGAGAAGGAAGCGUUCAAGGACAAAAUCCGACCUCUGCUCGAUGAACUAAAGAAAAGUGCUACGACAAGACAGGUGGAGGCCAUCGCAAAGCACCUUGAGGACGAGAGCGAAAGCGAAACAGCCACGACUCCUGCUACUACGCCGGCCUCGACCCCAAGCGCUACGCCGGCCUUGAAUACAGCAAGCGCUCUUCACGUCGACGUCAACUCGUCAACACCAACGCCCGUCUUGACGAAUGAGUCCAACAGCCCACAGAGCAGUGGUCCGCCCAGCACCAACGCCAGUGCUUUUGGUGGCCUUGCCGGUGAUGAUACGGACAAGUUGGGAAACGAGGCAAGGACAGUCCAAGUGCAGGACAAUGAAGCCUAG